AUAGUUUGAACGCGAACGCCGACGACUGUUCACUUGCGCUCUCCGUGGAAUCAACACGCACCAGGAAUCCACCGUAUUAUCUAUCCGAUCCGAUCCGAUUCGAUCCCAUCAAAUUAAGUCCAACGAAAGCGAAAUCUCAAUCGAGCACCAUGGAAUUCAACAAUCGCCUGUUGCUGAAAAUAAUUGAGCUGGCCAUCGCUAUCGCCUGCAUUGUUUUGUACGAGACGGUGGGCAACAUGACCAAGUACCCGAUCAUCGUGGCCGGAACAAUCGGAGGCUUCACCAUCAUCUGCGGCGUUCUGCUGAUCGGACACGUGAUCAACUCGCUGGUGGAGAAGCGGCUCAAUGCGCUGAUUGCCUUGAUUGGCUGCCUGCUCUUUGUGGCCUCCGGAGCUUUGGUCAUCGACGAGUGGCACGGAUUCUCGCCGACUCCGGAGAGGAAGCGCCAGGCCAUCGGAGCCGGAUCCCUGAUGAUCAUCAACGCGGCCGUCUUCCUGCUGGACACCCUCUGCAUCUGCAGGACGUAAAGAUCGUUCUUCCAAUGCCUUUUUUUUAUUCCCCCAAUUCGAAUAACUCAUGUGUAGAAACCAAGAAUCUAUUGUAUAUGCAAGCGUUUUUUUUUUCUCUGUGUAUAGUUUUAUACGUGUCCUAAGCUAAUCUCAGAUAUACGCACGCAGAUUAUUUACAGGAAUCCAUUAAAUAUAUACAUGUAUAUGCACACAUA